AUGGCAAAUUCGUACACGCUUCUUCAGAACUUGAGAGCCGGCCGAUGCUCAAACACUGCGGAGGUUCGCCUGCUGAGAUUCUGGGAGGCCAAGAAUAUCAACAAGGGCGGAGAGCUUAUUAGCGUUGACAUGUUGCUUAUCGAUGAGAACUCAACGGUGGUCCACGGUUCAAUCCCUGCGUCUCGCCAGCGUCGGUUCAAAAAUCGCCUCAGCGAAGGCUCUGUCUACACUCUUAGCGGAUUUGAUGUCACGCGUAGCAGUCCCAAGUACCGGUUGUCUGAUGCGCCUGUCUCUGUCCGUUUCAAUGCUGAGACUGAUUUUGGGAAGCUACCAGCAACUGAUAGGAUCAUACCGACCGAACACUUCCGUUUCCGACAGUACGACCAGAUAAUUGAGCUAGUAAACACUGGCAAUCAGCUUCCUGACGUAAUAGGGGAGCUUUGUGCAAUUAGGAGCACAAUAACCGAUCGUAUCCCGGGGGCUCAGCGCGUAAUGCUAACCUUGCGACUUGAAAGGGGUGCAACUGUGUGUGUAAGUAUGUUUGACUAUUUGACCCUAGCAUUCCAUAAUAAGCUCGAUGGAUACGGAAAAGAGCCAAGAAUUGUUAUUGUCACGGGUAUCAACCCGAAGAUGGUUUCCGGGAAGUUGUAUCUGAAUGGCACUUCUGCCACACGUAUUUAUUUUGACUCUGAGACUGCUGUAGGGAAAGUCGAGUUUGACAGAUUGCCAGGUGUUGAUCCAGACCAAUCAGGGUCUUCAUCAAAAGUAGUUCACGCACAAAAGAUUGAACCCAUGACCGUUUCUGAGCUGAACCAGUUUGUCCUCACUGCUGAUCCCCAGAUCAUCGAGUUCCUCUGUACGGCGAAGGUGACUGAGAUACAGCUCGAUGAGGGUAGGAGUUAUAUUGGGUGCUCGGUGUGCUCGAAGAAACUAACCCGUGAGGAGACUUCGUUUGCUUGCGUCCCAUGUAAUGAGACCAAUGCUGUGGCUAAACUCAGGUACCGUGUGAUACUCUCCGUUUCAGAUGCCACUGGCGCAGCAGCAUUCCUUGGUUUCGAUACAGAGAUGUCCAAACUCACACACGUCCUUGCUUCUGAGGCUGCACAGAUUGUGGGGAUAGGAACUAAUGCUCAGGUGGACGUUGUGCUGCCUCGCCCACUCGCUGAUCUCGUGGGAAGAACCUACACUUUCCAGCUCAAGCUCAAGGAUUUCAACUUUACACCUAAUCACCAGACUUUUACCAUCUCUCGCAUUUUUCCUCAGCGUGAGCUUGCGCCGAAUCCCACGUUUGCUGAGGAAGACGUUGAGGUCAUCGAACCUGCAAUCCCUCAGUCAGCGGCCGAAAGAUUAGGUGACAAAGAUGCUACCACGUCCAACGUUGCAGAGCAAUCAACCGUGGCAACAGAUGCAGAGGGGACGGAGCAGGCAGCCCGCGGAAGGUACCGGCACCCAGUUGUAAACAAGUGGGAUUUAGUUACAUGCCCAGACUGUAAAGCGAUUGUCUGGAAUGCAGAAGCUGUUGUUCAAGAGACACAAAACUCUCCCAGGAGGUUCAGCAUUUGUUGUCAGCAAGGCCGUGUAAAUCUACCACCGAGGCGACAACCGGCAUCCCCAUUGAAAGAACUUCUUGAAAAAUCAAGCUUCAAAAUUUUGAUUAGAGUUGCUAAUGGAAUGUUGGCUUUCAUGUCAAUGGGUGGCCAAAUUGACAAUUCUGUCAGCAACACCCCUGGUCCCUUCUCAUUCAGGCUUCAUGGGCAAACUCACCAUAGAAUUGGUUCUCUGCUCCCACCCGAAGGAAAACCUCCGCAGUUUUCACAGCUCUACAUAGUGGACACAGAACACGAAAUAGCAAACAGGAAAAAGUCAUUCAACAACGGUACAUCGGCUUUGGCUGUUGAUGACGAUUUGGUAGACAGCUUGAUCAAGAUGUUGGACGAAUAUAAUCCUCUGGCCAAGACGUUCAGACAUGCACGCGACCGAAUCUUAUCUGGGGACACAGUCGAAUUCAGCAUCACUUUAGUGAACCAGAAGCAUCGAGGAAGACAGUAUGACUUACCAGCUGUAGGUGAGAUAGGCGGUUUGUUAGUUGGAGACUUCACAGCAGACUCUGCAGGUAAGGAUUUAGUACUUGAGUACAAGUCAUCUAAGCUGCCGCGGAUAAGCGAUCUUCACCCUCUCUACAUGAGUCUUCAGUACCCACUGCUUUUCCCAUACGGAGAAUAUGGAUACGAUGAGCGCAUACCUUAUCAAACCACUGAGCACUCUAAAAUUAAACGGGAAUGUAUGACUAUGAGAGAGUACUAUGCGCAUCAGAUCCAGACACGGCCAUUAGAGGGUAUGACAAUCAUAAAGUCGGGAAGAUUGCUUCAUCAAUAUAUUGUAGACACUUAUACAGCAACCGAGCAGGAGAGAUUGCGCUUCAUCAGACUUAACCAGAAACAGCUAAGGGCUGAGUUAUAUACAAACAUCUGUGAUGCAUUGGAGAGUGGAGAUACCGAUGCAAGCAAGCUUGGGACAAAAGUUAUCUUGCCUUCUUCUUUCACUGGAAUCCCUCGAUACAUGUCUGAGAAGUAUCAAGAUGCCAUGGCUAUUUGUCGUUGGUAUGGUAAUCCCAAUUUAUUCAUCACGUUCACGGCAAACCCAAAUUGGGUUGAAGUGAAGGAGCAUCUUGAAGUAUACGGAGGGGACUCAGCAAACAACAGACCAGACCUUGAGUGCAGAGUUUUUAAACUCAAACUGGAGGAGCUUAUGUCAGACUUUAAGAAAGGCGUUUUUUUCCCUAAACCAGCUGCAGUUGUUUACACCAUAGAGUUCCAGAAGCGCGGCCUCCCACACGCGCAUAUCCUUCUUUGGUUCGAGGGAUUCAAAGGAGAAGCCACAGCUGAAGUCAUCGACAAAUAUAUCUCGACCGAGCUACCUAACAGGGAAACAGACAAGGAAGGUUUUGAGUUGGUUGAACGCCACAUGAUCCAUGGGCCUUGCGGGAAGCAACGGCGUCUGUCACCGUGCAUGGAGAAAGGCGAAUGCACGAAGAAAUUCCCUAAACCCUAUUCGAACAAUACAAAGAUCGACAAAUCUGGCUUCGUUAUCUACAAACGGCGCAGUGAUGAUGGAUCAUCUGUUCUGAAAGGUGAUAUAGAGUUAGACAAUCGCUAUGUUGUGCCUCAUAACCUCUCUAUACUCAAGAAAUACAAAGCACACAUCAAUAUUGAGUGGUGUUGCAAAACAAGCGCAAUAAAGUACCUCUUCAAAUACAUAACGAAGGGGGUGGAUCGAGCAUUGGCUCUGAUGGAGCAGACUGGUAACAACGACCGCGCAUCGCAAGAAAAAAAGAAGAAACAACUUCAACUGGAUGAGAUUGAUAGAUACCUGGAAUGUGGGUAUAUCUCAGCAUGUGAAGCCUCCUCGAGAUUGUUUUCGUUUCACAUUCAUCACAACCAACCUUCAGUUAUGAAACUGACAUUGCAUCUGCCAGGUGAGCAUAGGCUGGUAUACAAGCAGGACAAGAGUAUAGCAGAAGUUCUCUCCAAAGAAGAUAUAGAGAAGACGAUGUUGACUGCGUAUUUUGUUGCCAACCAGAAAUACGAAGAAGCUAGAGAGCUUACUUACAUUCAGUUCCCCUCUCGGUUUGUCUACCAUUCUGAUGACAAAACGUGGACACCCAGGGAACAUGGGACAGCUAUAGGCAGACUUAUCUACGUACAUCCAACCGCAGGAGAUAAAUACUAUCUUAGAAUCCUUCUAAAUGUGGUCAAAGGCGCUUUCGACUUUGAAGAUCUCUGCACCGUAGGUGAUGACGACAAGGAAUGGCACGAUGCAAUAGUUGAACCAUCCUUCUGGGCAACAGGUCGUCAACUAAGGUCCUUAUUCGUCCUUAUUUUGCUUUACUGUGAAGUUGGAAAUCCACUGAAACUUUGGAAUCAUACCUGGAAGAUAUUGGCUGAAGAUAUUCUAUUCAUGAAACAGAGAGAAUUCAAAUUCCCAGGCUUGCUUCUACCUGAUCCGCAGCUGCAAGAAUAUACCUUGAUUGAGAUCGAGCGGCUUCUCAAAGAAAAUGACAAAUCCCUAGCUGAUUUCGCUGGGAUGCCAAAGCCAAACCCGAAUGUUCUCAAGGAAAUUUCAAACACUGUAUUGCAUCAAGAGCUUAGCUAUGACACUGAGAAAGAAGCAGCUGAGCAUGAUAAACUGUUUAGCACCAUGAAUGAAGAUCAAAAAAACAUAUACAGUGCGGUAAUUGACUCUGUGGACAAAGGAAACGGCCAGUUGUUCUUUGUGUAUGGUGCUGGCGGAACUGGGAAAACGUUCUUAUACAGGACAAUUAUAGCAAGACUAAGAUCAACUGGAAAGGUGGUCAUCCCUGUUGCAUCGGCAGGCAUUGCAGCUUUACUGCUACCAGGAGGUAGAACAGCUCACUCACGGUUCAAGCUCCCAAUAAAUUUAACAGAUACAACAGUGUGUGAGAUUACAGCUGGUUCUAUGUUAGCGAGUCUAAUUUCAAAGACUGACUUGAUCAUAUGGGACGAAGACCCUAUGGCACACCGUCAGGCCUUUGAGACUCUCGAUCGCACACUAAGAGACUUACAAUCGCUCCAAGAUCCAUCAGCGGCUGAUAAACCGUUUGGAGGGAAAACAGUGGUACUUGGUGGUGAUUUUAGGCAAAUCUGGCCGGUGAUACCUCAAGGAACAAGACAAGACACAGUUAAGGCCUCCAUCAGCAAGUCAUACCUCUGGUCGCAUGCAGAAGUUUACACGUUAACCAUGAACAUGAGAUUGAGACAAGCUGACAAGGAAUUUGCUGAAUGGAUUUUAAAAGUUGGCAAUGGAACUGCACCAACUGUGAACUCAGAGGAGAGAUAUCAUGAUGAUGGGGAGCAGGUUAUCAUAGGAGACAAGUUCAUGAUACCAAGAACUGAUCAUCCUCACGAGUCUAUAUCAAAUGCUUCGUAUCCAGACUUUGUAAGUAACUACUUGAACCGCGCAUACUUAACAGAGAGAGCUAUCUUGGCCCCAACCAACGUCAGUGCUCACGAAAUAAACUCAUACCUUCUGUCUAAAGUACCUUCUGCUGAGAAAGAAUUUUUGAGCUCAGACAGUGUUGCUUUUGAGAGCACGCCAGAAGAGGACUGGACCAAUAACUACACGCAGGAGUACUUGAACUCGCUUGAGUUCCCAGGUUUACCACCUCAUAAACUCUGUCUGAAAGUUGGUGCUCCGGUUAUGAUGCUGCGCAAUCUAAGCCAAAAAAAUGGGUUAUGCAAUGGAACACGCAUGAUGAUCUCGCGUCUGGGACACAGAGUACUGGAGGCCGAGCUUCUAACAGGUACUCAUGUCGGUGACAGAGUUCUCAUCCCAAGAAUUCAGCUAUCCCCAACAGACACUAUCCAUCCUUUCACAUUUCGGAGGAGGCAAUACCCAAUCAAGCUGUGUUAUGCGAUGACUAUAAAUAAGAGCCAGGACCAGAGCUUGAAGCAGGUAGCUCUCUAUCUUCCUAGACCUGUUUUCAGCCACGGGCAACUAUAUGUUGCGCUCUCGCGCGUCACCUCAUCGGAGGGUCUUAAGAUUCUUGAUGAUACAGAAGGUUCAACUAGAGAAGAUGGUGUGACAAAUAUUGUCUACAAAGAGAUUUUCGGAAAUCUCAGGACACGAAACAGCUAUGAAGGCCACUCCAGUAUCCCACAUAUCGGAGAAUCAUAA